GUAUAGGGUGUCACAACUCACAUUGAUUAAGACGCAGAAGCAAACCAUUAUUAAAUUAAAGCAGGGCAUGCACACGCAACACAUAACCACAACCUUGUUGUAUUCACAAUCAGCCAGAGACCAUGGGUCAUGAUCAUCACAGCCAGAAGCAUCAACCCCCUGUUGGAACUCCGCCGUCCCAAGGUUAUCCACCGCCAGAUCUACCAAAAGAAGGUUAUCCGCCGCCGGGAUAUCCUCCGGCAGGGUAUCCGCCUCCAGGGUAUCCACCACAAGGGUAUCCUCCACCGCCGGGAUACCCCACUCAAGGUUAUCCUCCUCCGCCAUACCCAGCACAGGGGUAUCCUCCGCCCUACGCACCACCUUACCCGCAUCAUCAGCCUCCGCCUCCUCAGCAUCACCAUCACCAUAAUAAUAACUCAUCCGGCCCUGGUUGCUUGGAAGGCUGUUUGGCUGCUCUCUGCUGCUGCUGCUUGUUGGAUGCGUGCUUCUGAUGAGAAGAUAAUAAAGGCUUCAAUUUGCAGAAACUGUGUCUAAACUUGAACAUACAUGAUAUAUUAUAUAUUAUGUUUCUAGCUAUAGGUCUCUUUUCUCCUUGUUAGUUCUCUACUUUA